AUGGCGCUGCUCACGCGCGGAGACAAAAGCCGGAGCGAGAUCGACGUGUUAAAAAACCUACCUUCACCCACGGCGGAGAACCCUAGCAGGGCCACUAGAGCGAGCACGCAGCGUCUCAAAGCCAUUUCUUCUGAUUUCCCAUCUCUCCACAACGAAAAGCGAAGUGAGACGUUGUCAAAGCCGAGAGCACAGUCCGAGCGCACGCACCGAGCACUUCCACACGCACUCACUGGGGGAGGGAGGUAUUUAAAGGGAGUGUGGUCAGGGGGAGGGACAGCGUGGGUCAAGGGCUGGCUGGCUUUAUAG